CAGCUGAUAAUACAAAGAGAGCAAAUAGAGAAGAGGGAGUAGGAAAAAAACGAUUCAUAAACAAAAUUCCACACAUUUUGUUAAAAAACAAGUCUAACAUUUUGUAGAAAUUAUCAACAAUUUAGGAUCAAAACAAUGGAACAGCAAUUGGAAAAGGCUUUAAAUGAAAUCAACUCGCAACCUGAUACCGUGGGAUGUCUGAUAACUAAUCGUCAGGGUCUUUGUCUUGGAGCUGCCGGUAAAAUCAAUCCCAAAAUGUCUGGCAUUGGUAUGGCCUUGUCGGAGCAGGCAUGCAAAUUGGAACCCAAUCUAAAUCCACCCACCAUUGUUUUAUAUAGUGGGAAUAAACGCUGCAUUAUCCAAAAGGAUGGGGAAAUAACAGGUGUGAUUUACAAGGAAAGCUCAUCGAACUAGUUCCUUUGUGCAAUGGCAACGUUGUGAGAGCACAAUAUCAACCCUAAACAUAGAAGGCGAAUCUUUUUCAAACUCAUGGAAACUCGUGAAACAUCUCUGGCGUUGGGAAAUGUAGAAGGCCAAGCAUUUCUUAAUCCCCUGGGAAAUUCGUGGUGAAUCCUGGGGAUGUUAAAUUAAUUUUGUCUUAUAUAUAAAUGGGGGAUAUUUUUGCCAUGGAGCUUAAAUAGCUCGGAUUGUCUCACUCAAUCGUUCAUGCUUCCAUUUGUGAUUUAAAAUAAAAAAAUGUUAAUUAAUAUUAAUAUUUAAUUAAUUUGUAUUACUUCUAUAUUUCUAUAAUACAGUAGUUUUAAGCUUUACCAUUAUCAUAUUUUGCCAUAAUCUCUCUCUAUACAAGAACACUUUGUAUAAAUAAAAUAUUUCUAAAAAUAUGUACUAUAUUUUUUCGAUACUUUGUAGAAUGGAAUAAAUCAAAUCAAAUAAAUAAUAAUACAGCGA